AAGAGAAGAGGGAGGACUGUGCGAGGUCGGCGGGUCUCCAGCAGCGGCUGCGGCGAGUUACACCGUUUUCCAAUCUGUCCGCGUCCGCCGCCGCCUGAGACAGAGCCAGGAUGUUCAGGAUGCUGAACAACGGUUUUGAGGAUGAUCCAUUCUUCUCCGAUUCUUUUAAUGCUCACCGAGAAAGUAUGCGACAGAUGAUGAGAAGUUUUUCUGAGCCUUUCGGAAGAGACUUGCUUAGCAUCUCUGAUGGUAGAGGAAGAGCUCGCAAUCGUACAGGACGUGAUGAUGGGGAAAAUCACUUGACUGCAAUGAGUUCUCUUGUGCCUUUUGGCAGUUUUGGUGGUAUGCGUACAGAUGUCAACCCUUUUCAGGCAAUGGACCGAAUGAUGUUAAAUAUGCGUAACAGUAUGCAAGAAUUACAAAGAAACUUUGAUCACCUUUCAAUGGAUCCAAAUGGACAUUCGUUUACUUCUUCCUCAGUUAUGACUUAUUCCAAAGUAGGAGAUGAACCGCCAAAGGUUUUCCAGGCCUCAACUCAAACCCGUCGGGCUCCAGGAGGAAUAAAGGAAACUAGGAAAGCGUUGAGAGAUUCUGACAGUGGACUAGAAAAAAUGUCCAUUGGCCAUCAUCUCCAUGACCGGGCUCAUGUCAUUAAAAAAUCGAAGAACAGCAAGACUGGAGACGAAGAGGUCAACCAGGAGUUCAUCAACAUGAACGAAAGUGAUGCUCAUGCUUUUGAUGACGAGUGGCAAAAUGAGGUUUUAAAGUACAAACCGGGGGCACAGUGGCGCAAUCUAGAAAACACCAGGAUGAGGAGUGUUGGGCAUGAGAAUUCAGGAUCCCGAGAACUUAAAAAAAGGGAGAAACCUCAUCAAAGUCCAGCCAUUGAACAUGGAAGAAGAUCAAGUGCUUUUGUGGACAAACUCAACAUCAAAGGAUCGCCUGUGAAAAUCAACAAAAAAUAAAUAGCCUUGCAUUCGAUGUGUUUAGUUUGGAUUGUUUUAACAGAGAAAAGAAUGGUGCUGGGUAAUACACAUAAGACCAAUCUCUUGUGAAAUCAAUACUGUACUUCACAACUCUCUUCUGUUAUCUCAAUGUAAUGGAAAUGCUAGCUUUAUAUUGUCCCUACUUGAGGAAUAAAACUUUGAUUUUCAACAACAUGAUAA